UCAAUAUGCAAGGAAAUUAGAGGUGUAAAGUAACUAAGUACAAAUACUUCGUUACUGUAGGCUACUUAGGCAGUUUUUACGGAUUUGUACUUUAUCUGAGUAUUACUUGAGUUGCUUUAACUUUUAUUUUCACUUGAUGCAUUUUUGAGGCAAAUAACGACUUUUUACUCCGAUAGAUUGUGCACGACUAUCGUUAGUCACCCAAGUAAAAAAAAUAUAUAUAUACUGUUGCUUACAACGUACCUGAGAAUGGCUGCAUGAUUCUGGGCAAAAUAUGAAUCACGAUUUAAUUAUCACUUAGAAUAGAGAUCACUGUUUUCAAUAGAUAUGCACAAUAUAUCAGUUAACAUACCGAAAACGUGCAAUUUUUGAUUUUUUAUCAGUGUUCAAAGUUAGCAGCAUUACAGCUAGCCUCCUACAGAAAAAAGACACGGUUACAUUGGACGAUCAGCCGUUUUCCUUAGUAGAGACCGAAUCGGCUCAUUCACCAGUUAUAAGUUUGCUGCAAGUGCCAGUUUAUACAAUUUUUAUAAUACAAUAAUUACAUCUUGCCUGUAGAUCUAAAUAAAAAUUCACUACGCAAUGAGAGGGAGCGCAGCCGUCCCCCGGGUGACCAAUUGUGCCUCCAUUCGAGUGUUUUAAUAAGAGGGUCAGUAUCGCAGGAUCCCUAACAUUCUCUCAGUUAUUCAUAAAGUAUUUUAGUAAUUAUCGUGAACCUGUAUGAAAUGCAACAUUCAAUAAAUAUAUUUACUACACUUUCAGUAUCUCGAGAGUCUAGAUUAUCUUCUAAAUUUAUACAAUUCUCUCUUGCUACUGAUUCAUUUAUGUGGUUAAAUUUUGGAGAAAAUACAGAUGGGACGUGCCAGUAUAGCAAUAACAAUGUUUACGUGUGUGACAGCAAAGGGAGGCGCGCGUUCCUAUUGAUGGGCUUCCGUGUAAAAAGAAGUUGCACAACGCGGCUUCAUGCAGUUUCCAUUUUUACCCUUUCCUUAAUCCGUUCGGCUGUACCGCCCGUCGCUGUUACAGGAGAGCGAAAAGCAAAGAGUCCCCACAAAGAUAUAAUUACAAACCUGUGAUGUCAAAAUGGAAGGACAGAAAAAGUAUGGGCAGCAGCAAACCGCAGAGCAGAACAAGUCGUGUAAGAUGCAGAGGCACGAGGAUCAGAGGAAGAAUCCCACAUAUCAGUACCACUGCACACUGGCAAACUUCCGCAUUGAGAAAAAGAUUGGCAGGGGUCACUUCAGUGAAGUCUACAAAGCAACUUACCUUCAGAAUGGACAGCAGGUGGCACUGAAGAAAGUACAGAUUUUUGAAAUGAUGGAUGCCAAGGCAAGACAGGACUGUAUUAACGAAAUUGACCUGUUAAAGCAACUGAACCAUCCUAACGUGAUCAAGUACCUGGAUUCCUUCAUCGAGGAGAACCAGCUAAACAUCGUGCUGGAGCUGGCUGACGCAGGAGAUCUGUCACAGAUGAUUAAGUUCUUUAAGAAGAACCGACGUCUCAUCCCUGAGAAAACAAUCUGGAAGUACUUUGGACAGCUCUGCAGCGCCGUGGAGCACAUGCACUCACGCAGGGUCAUGCAUAGAGACAUCAAGCCUGCUAACGUGUUCAUCACAGCCACGGGGGUGCUCAAACUGGGGGACCUGGGCCUGGGCCGCUUCUUCAGCUCCAAGACCACUGCAGCGCACUCCUUAGUGGGAACGCCGUACUACAUGUCCCCGGAAAGAAUCCACGAGGCUGGCUACAACUUCAAGUCUGACAUCUGGUCCCUGGGAUGUCUGCUGUAUGAGAUGGCCGCCCUCCAGAACCCGUUCUAUGGAGACAAGAUGAACCUAUACUCUCUGUGCUGUAAGAUUGAGAAAUGUGACUACCCACCUCUCCCGGCCGAAGGCUACUCCGACCAGCUGCGGGACCUGGUGAGCAUGUGCAUCACCCCCAUGCCGGAGACACGCCCCGAUGUCAUCUUCAUACUGCAGGUCGCCAAACAGAUGCAGCUGAGGACAGCCACCUCAUGAGCGCCUCCCACAGGACACCCUGGGGUCUGCAGGGGAUGGAGGGUUUUUUUCAAAAUAAUUUACAAUGUAUUCUAUAGCUGUUAAUUAUAUCUUAGUUUUUAUUUCUUACAAAAAAAGUACGUCCAAUGCUGUGAUAUUUGGGAGGAGCGGGAGGACUGUCCUCUUUGGCUGGCUGAAGAUGGAAGGUUAUGAUCAUGUGAUAUUAACGUGACACCAUGCAGGACUCUUCCUUCCCCCCCUGGGUUCCACUGGGACUGUGCUAAGAGAAUGAGCCUUGAGCCUGGGUUCGAAUGCAGGCAGGAUCAGCUUGGGGUGGAAGUGUUUUUGUGCCCAGGCAUCGGGGACAGUGUUUGAGGCCAGAUCAGCACCAUGUCAAACCUUCGCCAAGCAGCUACAGGCACAUGCUCUUACUAAUCAUCAUGCACCCCAUGUUCUAUACCUGAGACAUGCCAGCCUGAUGGAGGUGCUGUUCCCAUCCACCCAUUUAUAUUUGCAGACGGGGUCAGAUGGUGUGACUGACUCCCCACUUUACAGUCGUUCGUUUAUGACUGUGCUAGUCUCCGUUCAGCCAGCAUGCCAUUCCGUGUUAUGGCUGCCGUCUCUCUCCCUCCAUCCACCCUUAAAAUGCAGACAGCACUGCUGAGCCAAAGACUUUUUAUACUGUGAAAUGAAGGGCUUUGAAAGGAGGCUUGAUGUAGAUGCAGACCUCACAUCGUGUCCAGAGUGAGGUGAGGAGCAUGACGCAGGGGACUCUGUGCCAUCUCUGCUGACCUUAGCAUAACCCUCAGUGAUCUCUGCUCCUUCAUCAUACUUUCCCUAUCUGUGAUCCUCUACCCUCUGCUGGACAUUAGGCAUUGCCAAAUGCCAUGUUUAAUGAACUUGCUUACAUUUCUAAAGAUGGUAAAUGACAAUAUUUCAAGCCUGAUUCAUCAAGGACAAAAGUCAGUAUUGACAGUCCACUCAGAUAUACUAAUAUUCACAAAACACUAACACUAAACACUUUCUGAAUUUGUUUCUUAACUCGUUCCUUUGACCAUUAUUAUCUAUAAACCCAGAAACUUUUUGUAGUGACUUUUCACUGUGUGGUACUCAUGUUGCCUGUAAACUGAAUAAAAUUUGUGACUGGAA